GCCAGGCUAGUCACACAGUAGGUAUUGCUUUGUCCACUCUCGAUUGUGCGAAUCGGCAAACUUUGUAGUCCGUUAAAAAUAUGCAUCUCAAAACGCUUGGAGUAGUACACUUCUUUUUCAUUUUCGCUAUAAAAUCUUGCUCGAGUCUAAACAAUGAAUUGGAAGAUAUUUGCGACUGCAACUGUGAUCUAGAAAUAGACGUUGUUAAACAGUUUGGCACCCAAUUGGAGUCACUGCAAGAACUUGCGGGGCAAAUUCAGGCAGAAAAUUUCAGCCUGGAAAAUAAGCGAAAAAGUCAAAGUCUACCAAUCAAUUGCAUACAAGCAGCCGCUGGUUCAUUUAAAAGUGGCAUCUAUACCAUAAAAUAUCAGCGAUUUGGGGAUGAGCCAUUCAAGGUGUGGUGUGAUGAGGAUACCGAAUUUGGCGGUUGGAUUGUCAUUCAGCGACGCGUAAGCGCGGAUGUGGACUUCUAUCGAGAUUGGCAACAAUAUAAGCAAGGAUUUGGUAAUUUGUCUGGCAAUUAUUGGAUUGGUUUGGAUAAAUUGCACGCUCUAACCGCAAGUUGUGAACAAGAGUUGUAUAUAAAAAUGGAAAAGUUCGAUGGCAGAAAGUACUAUGCAAAAUAUGAUUUGUUCGUCAUUGGUAGCGAAAAGGAAGAUUAUGUUUUGCGAACCGUUGGUGCUUACAAAGGGAAUGCUAAAGAUUAUUUCAAGCCUCACGAGGGUAAAAAAUUCACAACAUUCGAUCGAGAUAACGAUGCAAGCCCUGAUGGAAAUUGUGCUGAAUCUUGCAGAGGAGCUUGGUGGUAUCACAAUUGUUAUUGGAGCAACUUGAAUGGCGACUAUUCUCAAAAAGAUAACGUCCAAGGCGUAAUUUGGAAUGGCAUACAAAUGUAUGAGUCCUUGAAAUUUGCGCAAAUGAUGAUACGCCCAACGGAAAGAUGUAUGAACCGGCUGUCAGUGAAAAAUUGUCCACUUUAAGGAAAAACGAGAAGUCAUAACAACAAAAAAGAGCGCGGCGAUUUUGUUAAUAGUUUUUGAAUAUAAACACAUACAUACAUACAUAA